ACUUGAAACUGUGUGAAGGAAUCCGAAGCAGAUGAGAAGGGAGGAAAAUAAAACAAAGUGGAGACUGCAGAAAAGACUCAACCGUAGUUGAUUGUAUCGGCUGACGCUCCAGCAGAGGGGCUGGGUUGGGUUUUUUUUUUUUUUUUCCUCCUAUUCUCUCUCUCUCUCUUUUAAAGCUACACCAGCUCUCUCUUUCUCUACUAUCUCUGUAUCACCAAACCCUUGCUGGCUCUUAUGGGCAUGAAACACUCCUCCCGCUGCCUGCUCCUAAGGAGGAAAAUGGCGGAGAACGCUGCCGAGAACACCGAGGUGAGCAGUCCCCCCCCGCAGCCCCCUCAGCCCGUCGUCCCACCCAAGCCUGUGCAAUGUGUCCAUCAUGUGUCCACUCAACCCAGCUGCCCAGGACGGGGCAAGAUGUCCAAGCUGCUGAAUCCGGAGGAGAUGACCUCAAGAGAUUAUUACUUUGACUCCUACGCCCACUUUGGGAUCCACGAGGAAAUGCUGAAGGAUGAGGUGCGGACACUCACCUACCGGAACUCCAUGUACCACAAUAAGCAUGUGUUCAAGGAUAAAGUGGUGCUGGAUGUUGGGAGUGGUACCGGGAUCCUUUCCAUGUUUUGCUGCAAAGCGGGGGCCAAGAAAGUGUUUGGGAUUGAAUGUUCCAGUAUUUCUGACUACUCAGAGAAGAUCAUUAAGGCCAACCACUUGGACAACAUCAUCACCAUAUUUAAGGGUAAAGUAGAAGAGGUGGAGCUGCCUGUGGAGAAGGUAGACAUCAUCAUCAGCGAGUGGAUGGGCUACUGUCUGUUCUAUGAGUCAAUGCUCAACACGGUGAUCUUUGCCAGGGACAAGUGGCUGAAACCUGGAGGGCUUAUGUUUCCAGACCGGGCAGCUUUGUACGUGGUAGCAAUUGAAGACAGACAGUACAAGGACUUCAAAAUCCACUGGUGGGAGAAUGUCUAUGGCUUUGAUAUGACCUGUAUCCGGGAUGUUGCCAUGAAGGAGCCCCUGGUGGACAUCGUGGACCCAAAGCAAGUGGUGACCAAUGCCUGUUUAAUAAAGGAAGUGGACAUUUAUACGGUGAAGACGGAAGAGCUGUCGUUCACAUCUGCCUUCUGCCUGCAGAUACAGAGAAAUGACUACAUCCACGCCCUGGUCACCUAUUUUAAUAUUGAAUUUACCAAGUGCCACAAGAAAAUGGGGUUUUCCACAGCCCCCGAUGCCCCCUACACCCACUGGAAGCAGACUGUCUUCUACUUGGAAGAUUACCUCACUGUCCGGAGGGGCGAAGAAAUCUAUGGGACCAUAUCCAUGAAGCCAAAUGCCAAAAACGUGCGAGACCUCGAUUUCACGGUAGAUUUGGAUUUUAAGGGACAGCUGUGUGAAACAUCUGUAUCUAAUGACUACAAAAUGCGUUAGCACACGUGGGAAGCUGCAGCGAGUGAGCAAGAAGAGAAACUCUUCCCUCGAUCUGCGGCUCUGUAACAAGGAAUACCGUUUGCAGGACUACACACUUGAAAACCAGAGUUUUAAAUUCUGCCUUGAAGAUUGGUGAACUCACCAGGGCUCCCGUGGGCCCUGCCGCUCGGACAGAGAGCCUCCAGCUCCCCAGCUCGACUCUGGGAGCCCUUCACCGAGGCUUUGUUGUCGCCGACAAAGAGCAAUCUCCAGUGUGAUGGCUGGGGCCCCGAGGAUGGAAAAGUACACACGUAUACCCAUUGUCCUCCUUAACUGUGAAUCUCCGGAACUUCCAAGUUUUGCAUGCUGCAGGCAUCUAGGACAGAUUGCUUCACUAGAACCUGGAGACAUAGUGUCUUUGAUAGCAUAAGCCAGAUUACCCGUCUGCGUGGUGCCGUGUGCGUGCGUGCGUGUGUGCGCGCCUCCAGCGGAUCCAUUAGUUUCUCUACCCACAACACCUGUAUAUGCAUGCUAUACAACCACGUGGGUGUAUUUCUGUGUUCAUUCAGGGUGGUUGUGUGUGCGUGUGUAUGUGUGUGUGUGCGCAGAAUAUAUAUUACUCUCAGAGGAGAUUCUGUUGCUUUUGAAUAGGAAUUUGUUUUGUGAUUAGUUCUCCCCCUUCCCCGUCCCUUACAGAUGUUAAGCAGCUAUGAAACGUUCUCUGUACUAGCUCUGGCCUCCUUUUGACUAGACUGUGGCUCUGAACCCUGAGCAUAGUACCACGCACUCUGUUGGCACUCAAUAAAUGCACAUGA